AUGCCCAAAGGCGGCCUCCUCCGCAGACCCGACUUCCUCAAGUCCCGCCAGUCCGACGAUGCCAUAUCUUCGAAAGCCAAGAAACCUCUGGACCCGGAUCAAGUGUUGGCAGAGAUUGAGGAAGAGCAGCAGUCUGAUCUGAGCGACUUGAAUACCGCCCUUGGUGCCCUGGUCGACGUGUUUCCCGAUGUGCAGCCCGACGUGUUUCGUGAGAUGCUCCUGAGCCUGUCCAACGAGAGCAGACUCGAGGUUGUGACCGAACACCUCUUACGGAAUGGAGCACAGUACAUACAGGGAAGAUACAGGAAGAAAGCAGCCGACGCUGAAACUGGCCAGCCACGCCACACGGAGCCACUCCCCAAGGACGACACCUUCCGCUCGGACAAAUACAAGCGCGCUGUCAAGGACUUGUUCUAUCUCGAAUUCAAGGGUCUGAGUCACUCUUCUAUCAGAGCUGUUCUCGCCGAACACAACUAUUCAUACGCCCUCGCACGCCCUACUCUCCAGCACCUGUCUUCAACAUCUUGGAGAGCCACCAUCUCCACCUUCUUCACUAGGAAACGUCCUGUCACCGCCGAUCCUGUCUCUAAUCCCCACGUCGAAUGGCUACCCAAUCCUUCCGAACCUCUCAACCCGCUUCCGUACCUCAAGCGAACUGGAUGCACAGAGCUGGAUCAAGAGUUGUACCGUGUGUUCAUUGCUCCUGUCUUGGCUCGCCAGAACCAGGAAAGACUGGAUCGGGAUCAAAUUCUGGCACAACAACUCAACGAGACCGAGGCCGAGGAGGCUGACGCUCUGUUUGAUUGCGAAUGCUGCUUCACCGCCUACCCUUUUGAAUACAUAUCUACUUGCGACUCCCAUGCUGGCCACUUCAUCUGUUUCCGAUGCAUAAAGCUCGCCGCAAAUGAGGCUCUGUAUGGUCAAGGAUGGGCGAGGAACAUCGACUUGGCAAAAUCCUCCUUGAGAUGUCUGGCCCCGUCUGUCCCUGAAUGUCAAGGAUGCAUCAACCCCGAUCUUAUUCGAAGAGCUCUGUAUACAGAGAAGGACGGUGUGACAAGUUGGCAAAAACUUCAGGAGCGCGUCAUAUCCGAGAACUUGAUCAACAGCCAGCUGCCUCUGUUGAGAUGCUUAUCUUGUCCUUAUGCUGAGCUUGAUGAGCCGGCCAGUCUGAGAUUCAGAGACCCCAUGACUUUGACAGCACAUUUGGUUCAUAUGCCGAUGGACCCGCUGAAAUCACUGAUCGCGUUGCUGUUUAUCUUUGUCUACCCCAUCGUGUGGGUCAUGUUGUACCCUCUUCUGAUCCUUGUUGCUAUGAUCGACAAGACAGCAUAUGCUCGUAUCCAGGCGUCUAGAACACGUACUGUCCGCCGGAGAAGGGGUUUGAAAUUCACUUGCCAAUCUUCGACUUGCGGCAAGAGCUCCUGCACCAACUGCGGUAGCCCAUGGUCAGAUCCCCACGCCUGCAAUGAAGCUUCUCUGCAGUCUCUCCGACAAGCCAUCGAGACUGCAACCACAAGCAGUAUCAAGCGGACCUGCCCAAAGUGCAAUCUCAGCUUCGUCAAGUCGAGCGGUUGCAACAAGCUCGUAUGUAAUUGCGGAUACACCAUGUGUUAUGUCUGUCGUCAGGAAAUUGGGAGAGAAGGCUACGGUCAUUUUUGCCAGCAUUUCAGGGAGGCCGGAGGUCGGUGUUCAGAGUGCGAUCGUUGUGAUCUGUACAUUGUAGAAGACGAAGAAGGCACAAUCCGGAGGGCUGCGAUCCAGGCCGAGAAGGAUUGGCUGGAGCGAGAAGGCAAGAGUAAAGAUACUGAUGACAAGCUUGGGGCUGUGGUCAAUGAUGUUCUUGCUAACGCCACCGGUGGAAAGAGGUGUGAUUAUGAUGCAUGGCUUGAUUUUUUCAUGGGAAUCGUUUUGGAGUAG